GUUAUCUCCCCUGACGUAUGGGAGGAGGAAAGAUGAAAAUGACAACAAACUUUGUUUUAGUCUACUAGAAUGCGUACGUCUUGUAGGCAAUAACGCCCGAGUACUAAAUCUGAAAUCAUGUCAGGCAUGACUGAUCGUUUCAACUAUGUGUACAGCUGUGAUCUCGAUGUAAACGUUGAAAUCAAAAUUGGAACCCUUGAGGGGGAGAGAGAGCGCCCUAGUUACACAGAGUUGUUGGAGGAUUCCAUGCUGAAGUUUUCUGGUGCCUAUACAGAGGGUUGUGCAGAUUUAUAUGUGACAUGUCAGGUUUUCUCAGAUGGCCGACCACUGUCCUUGGCGGUCAGUACGUCCUACAAGGCCUUCAGUACACGCUGGAAUUGGAAUGAGUGGCUGGUAUUACCAGUGAAGUAUAAUGACCUGCCAAGAAGUGCUGUACUGGCCUUAACCAUAUGGGACAUCUAUGGACCGGACAAGACGAUCCCAGUAGGGGGAACAACUCUACCACUCUUUGGAAAACGAGGAACAUUCAGACAAGGUAUGCAUGAUCUGAAAGUAUGGCCUAAAAUAGAAGCUGACCCACAACACAACUCCAGCACACUUGGCAAAACCAAGGACAAGAACGACCAGAUGAGUCGCCUGGCAAAGUUGAGUAAGAAGCACCGUGAUGGACACAUGUUGAAAGUUGACUGGCUUGAUCGACUGACCUUCAGAGAAAUAGAGAUGGUCAAUGAGAAACAGAAGCGGGACUCUAACUUCAUGUAUCUGAUGAUUGAGUUCCCCUUCAUUAACUAUGAGGAGAUGGAAUAUACUGUCAUCUACUUUGAAAAGGAUGGCGAUGAACCAUUUAACUACAGAACACAUGCAGACAUUGUCACCAUACCGGACCCAGAAAUACUCGCGGAGAACCUUGUGGAGAGUAAACAUCAUAAGCUAGCCAGAAGUUUACGGAGUGGACCAACUGACAGAGACAUGAAACCAGACGCCAAGACGAGGGAUCUCCUGAACGCCAUCGCUACUUACCCGCCUUUCAAACCGUUGACAUCAGAAGAGCAGGAUCUCAUAUGGAAGUUUAGGUUCUACCUUUGUAGUCAGAAAAAGGCCUUAACAAAAUUUCUCAAGUGUGUCAACUGGAAGCUCCAUCUUGAAGUAAGACAGGCUCUGGAGCUGCUCAGUCGCUGGAGCCCGAUAGACGCCGAGGACGCACUCGAACUUCUGUCACCUGUCUACCAACAUCCGACCGUCAGGAAGUACGCUGUCUCCAGACUAAGACAAGCUGACGAUGAGGACCUGCUGCUGUACUUCCUCCAGCUUGUUCAAGCUCUGAAGUAUGAGAACUUUGAGGAGAUUAAGAAUGGCGUGGAUAACUUAAGUACGAGGCGGGAUUCCAUCAGUGCGGCUGAUACAGGCACACUUUAUCCAGAAAAAGACAGGUCUGUGAGUAUGCUGUCCCGUGCUUCCUCUCACGACUCUAUACUGGACGCUUUAGGAGGCAUCUCACCCAAAUCUGAAGAAAGUCCUGAAUCCAAGUUAGAGAAAGAGAUGGAUCUAGCAACAUUCCUCAUAUCCAGAGCAUGCAACAACUCCAAUCUAGCCAACUUCUUCUACUGGUUCCUGUCUGUGGAGAGUAUAGACUCCGACACCUCGGCUAAAAACCAGAAAGUCACUGAGAUGUACCAUGUAGUAAUGAAACGCUUUAGCCAGGCUCUCUUCAAGGGAGGACCAGACUCUCGGUUGAGGAGGGCAACUAUUUCCAGGCAACAGAUGUUUAUAGAGAAACUUGUGGACCUGGUCAAAAUGGUCAGCAGGGAGAGCGGCAACAGGAAGAAAAAGAGUGAGAGACUCCAGGCUCUACUCCAGGACCAAGAGGUGUGUAAGAUAAAUUUCUCUGACUUUGAGCCGCUACCCUUACCACUGGAUCCUGAUGUAAAAGUGUAUGGAAUUAUACCAGAAAAAGCUGCCCUAUUUAAAAGUGCUCUCAUGCCUUGUAAGCUGACAUUUAAGAGUAUAGAUGGACCAGACUAUGUCGCUAUAUUUAAGCAUGGGGAUGAUCUUCGACAAGACCAGCUUGUUCUACAGAUGAUCUCCCUUAUGGACAAGCUACUGAGAAGAGAGAACCUGGACCUCAAGUUAUUACCAUACAAAGUAUUGGCUACAAGUAGUAAACACGGACUUGUACAGUAUAUUGAUUCUAUUAAUGUUGCUGAUGUUUUGGACAAAGAUGGCAGUAUUCAAAAUUUCUUUCGUAAGCAUGCACCAGCAGAGGGAGCCCCCUAUGGUAUAUCUCCAGAGGUCAUGGACAACUAUGUCAAAAGUUGUGCUGGAUACUCUGUAAUUACUUACGUGUUGGGUGUGGGAGAUCGUCACCUUGACAACUUGAUGCUAACUAAAACAGGGAAGCUGUUCCACAUAGACUUCGGGUACAUCCUAGGUCGUGACCCUAAGCCGAUGCCUUCCCCUAUGAGGCUGAGUAAAGAAAUGGUCGAGGCUAUGGGAGGAACAUCCUCUGAACAUUUUCAUGAAUUCAAAAAACUCUGCUACACUUCUUUCUUGGCCAUAAGAAGGUCGGCAAAUCUUAUUUUGAAUUUAUUUUCUCUGAUGGUGGAUGCCAACAUUCCAGACAUAGCAUUGGAGCCAGACAAAACCGUCAAAAAGGUACAAGACAAGUUUGUGUUACAUCUGACAGAUGAAGAAGCUGUCCAUUAUAUGCAAACCGUGAUAGAUGUCAGUGUGUCGGCCAUGAUGGCUGCCAUCGUAGAACAGCUCCAUAAAAUGGCUCAGUACUGGAGGAAAUAAGGAGGCAUGUAUACACAUCUGGGGGUUUAAUAAGGGAUGUAACGCAACUCCCUGGUGAUCUCGCAUUCAGGACUGGUCAUUUUAAGGUUGGAACUUGGCUUGGAUACUGAACAGAUAUCUAAUGCUAGACAAGCCCCUAUCCAUAUAAGGACCUGGAUACCUGGUUUCAAUUUGUAUGGAACAAUUGGUACAAACUUCCAAUUUGUUUUUAACAUGAUCAUUGGAGACUGUCAACAGCAGUGAAUGAUGUCAGACAUUUACUGUUCACGCGUUAAUGGUGACGGAAGGACAGCAGAGAAUGAGAUCAGAUAUGAACUAUUAAAGCAUUAAUGGCGACAGAAGGACAGCAGUGAAUGAUACCAGACAUUUACUGUUCAAGCAUUAAUGGUGACGGAAGGACAGCACAGAAUGAUGUCAGACAUUUACUGUUCACGCGUUAAUGGUGACGUAAGGACAGCAGAGAAUGAUGUCGGACAUUUACUGUUAAAGCAUUAAUGGCGACAGAAGGACAGCAGUGAAUGAUGUCAGACAUUUACUGUUCACGCGUUAAUGGUGACGGAAGGUCAGCACAGAAUGAUGUCAGACAUGUACUGUUCAAGCAAACUAGUCUGAUGCCAUAUUUAUUGAUCAUUUUAUGUUUGUAAUGAUUCAGAUAUGAGUCAUACUUGUAAACCAAUCAUUGAUAUACGGAAGUGUACAAACAGUGUAGUGUACAGAUGAUCAGACUACUGGUGUGGUAAACUGAGGCGAGAGUAAUCUCCCUUGAUUUGUGCAAUACAAAGAACACUGGUUCAGUGGAACCUCACAUAUCCAGCCAUCUUCAUUUAAAAAGUUGAAUUGUUUGAAUAAAAUGAAUGGAUUACUGGAAUAACGAUGAAUAGAAAAGAGAAAUUUGUUCCAAGAAAUAUUGUUACGACUUCCUGGUGGUUGAAUUCAGGAUGCUCAACCGUUAACAUGCUGCUGGAAGAAGUUUGUUGCAAAAUUAUUGUACAGCAUGUAUAAUGUAUCAAAUACUCCUACAAUAUACAAUCUGUAGGAUCCUUGAAUAACAGUUAUCAAUUUAAACAUCAUAUAUAUACCAGAAAUUGUUCAUUUGUGUAGAGACCAAGAGUAAGCCACUGCCUGCCAUAGUCCAGUGUUGCAAUAUAUCAAUUGAUUAAGAGCACAUUCCAAUUCUAGGAUAAUAUGUUGUGGACACCAUUUUAUUAAACAUGACUUCAAUUAAAUGAGUUGGUCCAAUUAAAUAUUUCUUACUUAUCUUUUGUUCAAUUUGUACAUGUAUUUAUUUCUUUAUAAAGUUUUCCACAUAGACUUGAUGCGAAAUUUAACCGAAGUGCGUCCUAAAUGUA